AUGCCAAAACCGUUAGACCGCUAUUCAAUGAUGAUUGUAUCAAAGUAUUUCAAAAACAUAGGAGACUUCAUUAAGAUAAUUAAAGUAUGUAAAAAGUUCAAAGCAAUACCAGAAAUGUUUCACUACAAUCCCAUAUGUCUACGCUCUCAUUUUAAAUUCUUUCCCAACGUCGAGACGUAUUACAUUUACAAAAAGAACGACAAAGUAGUGCCGGGGUAUUUCAAAUAUGUUUAUGAAUACCCGGUCUCAUACUCUUUUUACCUCUCAAACAAAUCUACUAAAAAUGAAUUUACACACGUUUUUUACACACAAGAAGAUUAUAAAAAAUAUCAAAGCUUUGAAGGAGCAACACAUUUUCGUGGUAAAAUUUUUUUCUGGCCUCCUUAUGAUGACAGUCCGCUUGUCUCAUACAAUUUGAAUGGAAUUGUAUCACUUGGUAACAUCGGUUUUAAUAACAACAGUGGACUCUCGAAGAUAACACUAGACAGACGCCUUUGUGAGCUGCCAAGUGGUUGUUUUUUAAAUUGCGUUUCUUUACAAGAAAUUGAUCUCAGUGGUGUGAAAAUAAUAGGAGAAGACUGUUUCAAAAACUGCAAAAAGUUGUCAGCAAUCACAUUUGGUGAAGAGUUGUCUGCUGUUGGACACAACGCGUUUUAUGAUGUUUGUGACAUACAAAGUGUUGUAACUUUUGGUAUGACUAAAUUGGAUUCGUUGAUCAACAUGUCUUCAUCACACGCAUUCGUGGGGAUCUCUCACAAAUUACUUGUAACACAAAAUGAUACAAUUCAACUGGAUAAUUUGCAGUUAUUAAAAGUCUUUGCAAUGUCAAUCGAGGAAAUUGGAGAUAAGGGUUUCAACAAUGUCUCUAUAAUAGAAGAAAUGGACAUCCCAAAAAGUGUCACAAAAAUUGGAUAUUCCGCAUUUUCUAAUUCAAACCUCAAACGACUUGAUUUGACUAAUGUAAUCCAAAUCGGUGAACAAUCCAACAUGAAAAGUGUCACUGCUAUUACAAUUCCAGCGGCUUUGUCCUUUGAUAGUCUCCCAUUUUUGGAUUCAUUAAAAAGAAUUUCCGUGUUAAACGGCAAAGUACUUGAAUCGCCUGCGGCGUGUUAUAUGAAAACCAUAUUAGAACAAGACGGGUGUUCAAGUAAACAUUAUUAUUACACUAAAACUGAUUACGAUUAUUACAAUGGAAAAAUCCCCCUUUUUUGUAUACUAAUAACAAAAGAUGUUUUCUUUCGUGUUGACAUCAAAUACAUCGAAAUUCCACAAAAUGUUGAAGUGGUUGAUUGGGGUAAUUUAUAUCACUGCGAAAAACUCGAGAAACUUGUCAUUUUGUCACAAACUCCGGGGUAUAUUAGUGUACAUCAAUGUAAACAAUUAGAAGAAAUCGUGUGUAAAAGUGUUGGUAAGAAAUUAAAAUUCUCUUCUUGUAAUAAGUUGAGUAAAUUAACACUGUCAGCCAUACCAGAGUACAACGUGAACGUUCCUUUAGUUGUCAAAUGCCCAAACUUGAGUGAGAUAGUCAUCGAAAAUAUUCCACAAAAUGGUGUAUACAACGGAAGAAUAAAUUAUGAUUUUUGUAAAUUAGUGAAACAAAACAUUAGAUUUGAAGAUGUUGUAUAUGAUGGAUACCACGAUUACAAUACAAUUAAUGAAGAUGUGUAUUAUUCAGAUGAAGAUGAUAACCAAAAUAGUGAUAAAUUAGAAGAUGAAAAUGUGUUGACAACAGUUAUUGUACCAGAAGGUGUCACAACUAUCCCAACAAUGUCCAUACGAGCUUUAUUUAACAAUAUAAAGUUGGUUCUUCCUUCAACGCUUAAGAAAAUUGAAAGCAACGCAGUUGACUGUGUUAAUUUGAAAGAAGUUGUUGGGUUGACUCAAAAUGUCGUUAUUGAUAAAAAUGCAUUCAUAAACUGUGAUAAAAGUGUAGUGGGACUUUACAACUUCGUUGAUUAA